CACCAGUUUUAUUUUUGACAUUUUGAAAUUUUGACAGAGACAGAUCAGAAAUCAAAACAAUCUAAAACUGAUUGAAUGUUGGUUAAUUAUUAUCACAAUUAUUAUUGUUUUGUGUUUGUGUCCUUUUUAAGUACGUGUGCAUAAGUGAAAUUAGAAUAAGACUUAUAAAAACUCAAUUUUUUUUCUAUAUAAAAUGGCAGACAUAAAUGUAGGUGAUAUUGUAUGGGGAAGAAUGGACGGCUUUCCCUACUGGCCCUGUGUAGUUUUAAAAGACGUUAAAGUGCCCAAACCUUCCAAAGAUCCCAAUACAAAGUAUUACUGGGUAUAUUUGUUCGGCUCCAAGAAUUAUUCCUGGAUAUCCAGAAAAAGACUUUGUCCCUAUGAAGGUAAUAGGUUUAAAUAUGGACAUAAUGAUGGACAUGUAAAUUUUGCAGAAGCAGUAAAAGAGGCUGAGCUGCAUGUUAAACGGAAAAAAUUGAAUUCUAACUACCAAGUAGUGAUUAAGGAAAAGUUUGAUAUACAGGAGUAUGAGAGGAAACUUAGAAGGAGUGAAAGUAGAAUGAGAUACAGAACAAAACUAAUGAUUAGAACAAGAUCAGUAAGGACAGAUGAGGAUCAUAAAUCCAGAAUAGCCAAUACGAGAAAUAUUGCAACCUCAACAUUUGUUUUUGGAGUAAUUGGCAUUGGAAAUUUAGGGACAGAUAUUACAAGGAACCUAAUCCAUUCUGGUCAUGUAGUAAACAUUUGGAAUAGAACAUAUUCCAAAGGUCAGUCACUGGUAACCGAAUUUGGCCCUAAAUUCAAGAAAAAGCUAACACAGUUUUAUACACCUAGAGGGCUGCUUCAAAAGUCUGAUGUUAUAUUAGUUUGUUUGUCAGACAAAGAAGCAGUCAGGACAAUAUUCGAAAAUAGUUUUGGAAUACAUAAACCAGCAGAUGAAUGUUUAAAAAAUAAAGGUAUAAUUCAGAUGACUACGACAGGACCAGAAUUCUCAAAAGAUAUGAAUUCAAUUAUUGAGAAAAAGGGAGGUAAAUAUUUGGAAGCGCAAAUUCAAAGGAGUAAAGAAGAAGCAACCAAUGGAGAUUUCAUUACACUAGCAGCUGGUGACGAGGUGCUAUUUUUUAAAUGCCAUACAUUGUUUAAAGCUAUAGGAAAUACUGUCCUGUAUUUAGGUGAAGUGGGAUACGCCUCUAAAAUGAAUUUAAUACUCCAAGUAAUAAAAGGUAUUAACGUGGCUGCCCUAUGUGAAGCCCUAAACUUCGCAGAACGUAGCGAUGUAGAACUAAAAAAUGUAUACGACAUUUUGGAGUCUACGAACCUCUGCAGUUUGUAUCUUCUCAGAAAAUGCGGCUUGAUACUGCAAGAAAACUUCCUUAAUGCAGACCAGUCUCUGACCAAUCUCCAGAAAGAUAUGAGCUUAGUUUUGGAUCUGGCCGACAGCGUGAAGUAUCCAAUGUCCAUAACCAGUCCUGCAAACCAAAUAUUUCAACAUUGUAUAAGACUGGAAUACGGGGCUUACGACGCGUCUAUUAUUUUUUUACAACACCAUCAUUAAGCAUUUUUUUAGUUAAUGUUAACGAUUUCCUUUAGAAAUAAAUUUUUCGACUAUU